UGGGAUUAACCUAAAAAAACAAAAAAACAAAAAGAAAAGAGUAAUUUGUUGGGAUUUGAUAAAUUAGUUAGAAAAAGUAGGGUUCAAUUAUAAGCAAAUAAAUUAUACCAAAGAUUUUCUCUGAAUAAAAGAAUUUUAAGUUGCUGGGUAUUUCUUCUGUUUGGGUUACUGGUAAAGUAGUAGUUAGAGAAGAGAGAGGCAGACGAGGAUGUUGUUUUGUCGGGGAUUUUCUCGGAUUUCUAGAAAUCCUAGAACGAUCUUGCUCGGUUUCAUUCUAUCUCGUCCAACUGGCCCUUCUCAAUCCCUUCUUUCUAAUCAGUAUCUUAACUCUACUCUAAAGUAGGUUUGCGCUGGUAGAGAAACUUUUUCUUGGAGUUUACCUGCAUUUCUUGGCAUUGGACGGCAAAUUCAUCAUCAGAGCAGCUCCAUCAUAGAGGAACAACUUGACCCAUUUUCACUCGUUGCCGAUGAGCUGUCACUUCUUGCUAAGAGGUUGCGGUCUAUGGUUGUUGCUGAGGUUCCUAAGCUUGCUUCAGCUGCUGAGUACUUCUUCAAAUUGGGGGUGGAAGGAAAGAGAUUUCGUCCUACGGUUUUGCUUUUGAUGGCUACAGCUUUGAAUGUUCAUAUACCUGAACCAACUGCUGGUGGUGUUGGAGAUACCUUGACAACUGAUUUACGUACAAGACAGCAGUCUAUAGCUGAGAUCACAGAGAUGAUCCAUGUUGCAAGCCUCCUCCAUGAUGAUGUCUUGGAUGAUGCGGAUAAAAGACGUGGUAUUGGUUCAUUGAAUGCUGUCAUGGGCAAUAAGUUGGCUGUUUUAGCUGGAGAUUUUCUGCUUUCUCGAGCUUGUGUGAGCCUUGCUGCUCUAAAAAAUACAGAGGUUGUAUCAUUAAUAGCAACAGUUGUUGAACAUCUUGUUACUGGUGAAACCAUGCAAAUGACCACUUCAUCUGAACAGCGUUGUAGCAUGGAAUAUUACAUGCAAAAGACAUACUACAAGACUGCUUCCUUGAUAUCAAACAGUUGCAAGGCAAUUGCCCUUCUUGCUGGGCAAACAGCUGAAGUUGCAAUGUUGGCCUUUGAAUAUGGCAAACAUCUGGGACUGGCGUUUCAAUUGAUAGAUGAUGUUCUUGAUUUCACAGGCACAUCAGCAUCCCUUGGAAAGGGUUCUCUAUCUGACAUCCAGCAUGGAAUUGUAACGGCUCCAAUAUUGUUUGCCAUGGAAGAGUUUCCCCAGUUACAUGCUAUUGUUUAUCAAGGCUUUGACAACCCUGAAAAUGUCGACAUUGCCCUUGAGUACCUUGGGAAGAGUGAUGGAAUACAGAGGACACGAGAGCUAGCCAUGAAGCAUGCUAACCUUGCUGCAGCAGCAAUUGAGUCUCUACCAGAAAGCAAUGAUGAGCAAGUAAGAAAGUCGAGGCGGGCACUAGUAGACCUUACUCAAAGAGUAAUAAUGAGAAAUAAAUAAGACUAUCAACUUACACCUAUUGUUUCAAUGAUUGUUUCUUCACGGUGAGGGGAAUCUCCCCCCGUGUUUUCAUCUAUAUCUGUACAAUUGUUACAGUUUUUCAUAAUAAUUAUUUUUAGGCCACAAUUUUUUUUGUAAAUUAUAGCUUCUGGGAUAAAGACAGUGCACUAGUAUCAGCAGAGUACAUUGAAUUGCUCUAUCUGUGUUUAUUUAGUUACUUUUUAUGUCCUGC